CAUAGUAAAGACAACAGGUGGGUCAGCACUCUGUGGUUGUCUGCACUAGGUAAGAAAUAACUUUUCUUAGCUUCAAAAAGCAUAUGUCAAUGUGCAGUAUUGUUUUUACUGCUUAUAAGAUAAAUAGAUUAUACAAUUUCUGGUGUAAUCGUAAAUGGAGUUUGAUUUUUUACAGAGCCAGCUCACAAAUGUCUGUACUGCUGCCCACUCAACAGUUUAUUAGUGUUUGCCUGAAAUGUCUUUUUUAAUGGAACACUUCAAGCCAAAAAUUAAACCAAAAGAUAUUCAGAUUUCACUGAAGAGACAUGAGCUUCACCUCCAGUUUGCUUUACUGUUUAGUGUCAAUUUCUGAGGAAUAAAUCAGGGAUGAACUCUAGCCAAUGAUGCCACAGAUUCAGGGGGAAAUCAUCUCUAAUUUGAAGUGUACAGAUUCACAGAUAAUUGCAAGUGGUACUGGUUAGCCUGAUAUUUAUUCAUCUUGCUUUUUGCUUCUUUCUAUUUUCUAUUUAGGGACUUGUAUGGUUUGAAAUAUACACCCAAUAGUUUUACAAGUAUUAAAAGGUAUUUUGUGAUACUUUCUCAAAUCAACAUUUGUUUUUUGUUGUUGUUUUCUGCAGUGAUUGAAAGUAAUUAGGUGCUUUUAAUAAUUUUGAAUUUCUUCUAUUUCACUGAGUAUUUUCAUUUCAUCCUACUUUAUGCUUUCCCACUACAAUCCAGAGUAAGAUACUGUGAAUUCACUAUGUUUAUCUGACAGCUGUAUUUACUGGAUACUUUUCAGAAAAUUAUUUGAAAUACAAAAUGUAUAUUGAGCUAAUGCAAGACAAUGUUAUAUAUUAAGCCUGUGGUCAUUUUUUGAAUUCUGACCAAAAAUAAAAAAUUAAAAAAUGAGUACUUGAGUAUACACUACUGUUCAAAAGUUUGGGGUCACCCAGGCAGUUUCAUGUUUUCCAUGAAAAUUCACACUUUUAUUCAUGUGCUAACAUAAUUGCACAAAGGUUUUCUAAUCAUCAAUUAGUCUUUAAACACCAUUAGCUAACACAAUGUAGCAUUAGAACACAGGAGUGAUGGUUGCUGGAAAUGUUCCUCUGUGCCUCUAUGGAGAUAUUCCAUUAAAAAUCUGCUGUUUCCAUCUAGAAUAGUCAUUUACCACAUUAACAAUGUCUAGGCUGUAUUUCUGAUUAACUUAAUGUUAUGUUCAUUAAAAAAAUGCUUUUCUUUCAAAAACAAGGACAUUUCUAAGUGACCCCAAACUUUUGAACGGUAGUGUACAUCAAUGGCAUUUUGAGCCCUUUACACGCCCCAGUAGAGCAGAGAUCAUGUGCACUUCAAAUUCAUGUCACCAGCUGUUUUUUUCCUCCAGUUUGAAGACAAUGUGGUUGGCCCUUCUUUUAUAUCAGUUUGCCACACUCCUUCUUGUUCAAGCUCAAAAUGCCUGUGUUGGACACCCCACGUUCAGAAGUCCAGCUAAUUCAGACAUCGAGGUCUUUUGUGGCUCGCAGACAGUAGACCUUCAGAUCCUCCUGUGUCCCAUCUAUUUCAAUGGAUACAAUGAGUCACUGCUGGCCCUCAACUCUGAACACUCCAAACACCAGUGUAAAGGGGCAGCUGACUGGACAGCCGACCCUCCCAUUGUCAAAUUCAGCUUCUCCAUCUCAGAGGAAGCAAUCAUUGCCUGCUCCAGCACACUGACAGUUUCUCAGGAGAUGGGAACUGGACAGUUUGCGGACUUUUCCAACAUCCAGCACAUCAACAUCUCAGGCAUGAUCUGCUCCAAGGACCCGACUACAGGAGCCAUCACUUAUCACCAAGAGGUGAUGUACAGGUUCUCCUGCCGCUACCCACUGCAGUACAUGGUCAACAAUACUCAGAUGAGUGUGGCUGGAACCAACCUGGCAGUCAAAGACAAAAAUGGGAGUUUCAUCAGCACCCUAAGCAUAGGACUCUACUCGGACAACAGCUACUCCUCCUCCUUGAAUAUCCCUCAAGGAGGGCUUGAGCUAAAGACCAGGAUCUUUGUAGAAGUGAAAGCAUCCAACCUCACUAACAGAUUUAACGUGCUCCUGGACAGAUGUUAUGCCACCACUUCGCUCCUCCCAAUCAACACCACUUUUCACGAUCUCUUUGUUGGGUGUAACCGGGAUGGCCAGACAGUGAUGGGAGUCAAUGGAGAGCAACAGAAAGCUCGUUUCUCCUUUGAGGCUUUCCGCUUUGUCCAGAGUGCAGAUGUAACUUUGUCCACCUACUAUGUCCACUGUGCCACCAGGCUCUGUGUGAACACCUUCUGCCCCACCCUCAUUCAGAACUGUACCACUGACACCAAUUCCAGAAAGCGACGCAGCAUCUCCAACAACCAGGACACCACUGUGAGUGACAUGGCAACUGUCAGCUCAGGCCCCAUCACCAUCCGCCUAGACAACGGAUAUCUGGUGGCAUCUGGAGGUGUUCAGCAGACUGAUAUGAACUGUACCGUGGUGGCUGUUUCGGUUGUAGCCGCCAUUGUUGGAGCAAUCUGCAUCGCUCUGGUGGCUUUCAUUAUUUACCAAAUGCACAACUCCAGACUUGCUUUCAACAAGGCAGUCCUAUACCCACAGGAGUGACGGAGGGUCAGAGCAGCUUGAAAAGGACUUUAUUCUGUUUCAUUCAUUCACACAUAAAAUUCUUAUAAAUGAGUGAGCACAAACGUCAGAGCUAAUAUCAAGACUUCUGACUUUUACAUUACAUACAAGUCAUCUCUCUGGACAUAAACACUGUAAAUAAUGAAAUGAGCAUUUUCAUUAAAUGUCAGUAUGGUCCUUCAAGCCGGAAGAAGAACAUAAGUAUGCAGAGCAUAUAACAGAGUCUUUUAUGUACUGGGCUACAAGUUAAUCAUCUUCUGUCAACCAGUCAGACAGAAACAAUGGUCAUGUACAUGCCAAACAAUAUAACCAUUGCACAUUCAUUUCAUUUAAGAUACUAAGAUACUGGGUAACUGAAUUGUGGGCAGUGUUUAUUUAAAGCAGGGUGAUAGCUGAUGUAGCGCACAGGCAGUUUUUUAAAUAAUACUUUUAUAUCUAUUGACCAUUCAGAAGUUUUUGUAUUUCUUUAUCUAAUAAAGGUGUUGCAUUUAUGGUUGA